UUUCGGUGGGUCUGCUCCUGCCCCGUUAGUCUCGGUUGUCUCGGUGGAUUAACGGUGGACUGUCCGGAGCUCCGGGGACACGUUAAUGGAGGAGCCGUUAAGUUAUACCAGAGAGGAGCCGGUGGAGGAGGAGGAGUAGGAGGAGGAGUAGGAGGAGGAGGAGAACUUUUCCUGCGGUGUUGUAGCGUAGUAGCGUGAUGCAUUGUGAUGGAGGAGACAGAGCACAGCCAGUACGUCGCCCAGCUGAAGGUAGAGUUUGACAGCUGCGACACAACGGCCACCGGCUUCCUGGACCGAGACGAGCUGACGGUGCUGUGCAGGAAACUGCAGCUUGACGCUCACCUGCCGCUGCUGCUCCACACGCUGCUAGGAGAGCGCACCUACGCCAGGGUGAACUUUGAGGAGUUUAAAGAAGGCUUUGUGGCCGUUCUAUCUCGCUCUCUGGACUUCAGCACGUCAGAGGACGACAGCAGCUACCUGGAGCCAGCUGUCCUAGAGGAAGUGAAGCCAAAGUUUGUAAAGGGAACGAAGCGUUACGGCCGUCGCUCUCGUCCCGACAGUCAGCCUGGCGCCGCUCUGACCUGCGACUCUGAGGAGUCACCGCCGUCCAGAACAGAGGCCACAGACUCGUCACCGCCCGGCGUUCGCAGGGCCAAACUGAGACGGUCGACGUCCCUGGAGAGUGUGGAGAGCCUGAAGUCUGAUGAGGAGACAGGAAGUCAUAAGAACAUCCAGCAGGACUUUCAGAGUAAAGCUGCUAAGCAGGAGGCGGAGCUGGGAGAAGGAGGAGUAGGAGGAGGAGGAGGCGUCCUGACAGCAGUGUGUGAUCACCUGCGCCUGCAGCAAUGCAACACACAGGAAGUGGAUGCGCUGAUCAGGAAGUUGGACACCGACCUGGAUGGCAGAGUUAGCAUCAGGGACUUCCAGAAGGUUCUGUGUGUCUCCGCCCCUGUCUGCUCCUCCACCCCCGUGCGAUCAGCUGAUCUGCAGAGGGCGCCACAGCGGGUCAGACGUUACAGAACACACGGCACAUUUUACACGUCACACUUUUUGUUGUUUGUUUACUGGUGGGCACCGGACGUUAAAGACGGUGACGUCUGUGUACAGAGGACAAAAAAUGACUCAAGGAUCAAUAAAUAAAUAAACAAACAAAUACUGGAAUAAAUAAAUGACUAUAUCAAUAAGUAAAUAUGUUGAAAAAAAAACAAUAAAUGCAGAAAUAAAUAUGUAAAUAAAUAAAUUAUUGUGUAAAUCAAUAAGUAAAUAAAUAAAAGCUGAAAUGAAUACAUAAAUAAAUAAAUAAUUAAAAUUAUUAAUAACUUCCGAAAUAAAUAUGGAAAUAAAUUGAUAAAUACAAUAGUAAGAAAAUGCUGAAAUAAUUAAAAAAAAUAAGUAAAAAUAAAAUGUGUUUAUGUCUCUGAUUAUUCAUC